UUGUUUAGUCAGAGUGUUAGUCAAGUGAAAUGGAAGCUGGCAGAGAGCAUCCGAUUGCUCCCUGUGAACACAUUAGAAGGGUAUAUACCAGCGAGGGAGAAGAGUUACUUCAGCUAAAGAGCAGUUUUGGCAGAACAAAUGCCUAUAAAUAGUAGGUAGAUGAAUUUGAGAUGGAAAUUCGAAGAAAGUUUCUCAUCAUCAGAUCAGUUGAGUUCCAGAGCAGCCUUCCAGUAUGAGUCAAGGGGGAGAAUGACCUGGUGCAUAAGGUUGUCAGAUGGAUGCCAGAGACAAGCAGCUUUUACGCUCCCUGCGUCUGGAGCUCUGCACAGAGGUGCUGGUGGAUGGAGUUGUUAUUCAGUAUCUCUACCAAGAAGGUGUUCUCACAGACAGUCAUGUUCAAGAAAUAAAAUCUCAAACCACCAGUCAGAGGAAAACCAUGAUGCUCCUUGAUAUUCUCCCCACCAGAGGACCCAAAGCUUUUGAUACGUUCUUGGAUUCCUUACAGGAGUUCCCAUGGGUUAAAGACAAGCUGAUGGUGAAGCGUAAGGAAAUGAUAGUACAAGAUCCAGCAGAUAUAACUGCAAUUGCACCAUGUAUUUUGAAGACUUCACCAACAGAUCAGCAGCUGAACAAACUUGCAAGAAGACUGGGACCUGAAUGGGAGCAUAUAGUUCUGUGCUUGGGUUUGUCCCAUACUGACAUCUAUCGAUGUAAAGUCAAUCACCCUCACAACCUGCAGUCACAGAUAGUAGCUGCAUUUGUCCUGUGGAGACAGCGUUUGGGGAAAAAAGCAACAAUCCAAAGUCUACAAGCCAGUCUGCUGGCAGAAGAAGUGGAUCCUUCUGUGAUACAGUACAUGCUUGAAUGAAGACUUGCUGUUGAUUGGGAGCUAUCAAGUACUUCAUUAAAUUAAAUAAAAAGGUUUCACUGAAAUGUAUGUUGAAGAUCUGACGCAUCAAACUGAAAAAAAAAUGGAUUGGGAACUGUGUUUUUAUUAAACAUUCCAGUUUUCUGUGGCAUCUUGUGACUUGUAAUUCUUUUCAUGCCAGAUUAAUUUUUCGCAGGCAUUAAAAAAUGCAUCACUCUUUCCUGUUUGCUUUUGUACUAUUCCAGUGGGGAUAUAGGGUGACACUUAAAGUUCUUGCAAGCAGGAGGCCCUGCAGUUUGUUCAGCAAGGUUUCUGGUUUCAUUGCGGGAGCAACACUUGAUUUAACCUAUUUUCUGGACUGUGUAGAAGCCUUUUUUACUGCCAUUCCGUGCUAGUUCCCUGAUAUCCCAGCAAGAAAUGUGAAUAAUCACUGUUACUAAUUUAACAAUUUUACAACAGUUAUUGCAGGUGGCUAAUUUCACGUUUAUAAAAGUUUUAGCACAUACAGUUUCUUGCUAGGAUAGAUGGCUGCCACCUUAGUCUGCCUUUGAAACUGGCCCUAAGUGGAAGUAACAGGAACCUAGUGUGCCUGUGAGGGUUUCUCCUGUUAUUAUUUAAUGGGUGUAGGUUUCUUCAAGGAAAUAGGCACCGUGCACAUAAGCCAUCUUUUAGCAUAACAUGGGUGAGGAGUUCUCAGGGCAGACAUGCAGUAGAAAAAUGACCAGAAGAUAGGCAGGAACAGGCAAACAAAGUGAGAAGGGGCCUACAAAAUGAGACAACUUCUAAGUUGUUCAUGUUUGUCUCUGCUAAUAAACUAGGAGACAACCUGGUGCCUUAAGAGUCUUUGUACUGUGCUCUGGAUCCAGGCAAUCUUGUUUCACAGAAUUUUUACUCUUAGGUCAAUUGUCCAUAGGCACCUUUCACUGAUCACUGCAUGCCCAACAGGGUACUGAAACUUGGAGGUCUUUUCUGGUCAAGAUGAACUCCCUGCUGCUCUCCUUCCAGCUUGUGCCAUCCACCAGGCUCAUUUGUUUUCUGCCAGCUUUUCUCCACCUAAUGGGGUCAGCUUUGACACUUCUAUCCCCAGUUCUUUGCCAGCUGUAAUUGUACCACCAGUGAUGAUUAGAUUUCAUUCAGAAGAACAGUAAAGCUUGGGCUUUUCUCCUUGCCUCCUGUAAAGGAGAUUUUCUUCCUGCUGGAAGAACCCACUGAGGUUUUUGCUGACCAGGUAAGUAGCGAUCAGUCCACAGGGUAUGUAUCCAAAUUGAAGUGACCAGUUGCACUCUGAGGCCUGAUGAUAAGAGGCAGAAUACGUUUUAUUUCUCCCUGAGCAGUUUGCUGUACAGUAAAUGAUGAAGAAAGUUUGGACACAGGCUUUCCAGGUUUAUUUAUGAGCAAGUUAUGGUAGACUGUUUCAUCUACAGAGUCAUUGCCAAGUAACUUCCUAUCCUGCAAGAGCUGCCCCAUAUAAUUUAACAGCUUAACAGCCUUGUCAGAAGCCUUUACUGGGGCAAGAAUGAA